AUGGCUAGUGUUGCUCUUGGUCCUGUUUCUGAAGAUCAUUGGAAUUUCCCGGGUUGUUAUUCGGCUAAACAUGGUCCCCAGUUGAACGACUCUAUCUUAAUUUACCUAACUGUUGGUGGUUCUGUAAUCCCGAUGCGUGUUCUAGAGUCAGAUUCAAUUGCUUCUGUGAAGCUUAGAAUUCAAUCACGCAAGGGGUUCUUUGUAAAAAAACAGAAACUUGUCUUUGAUGGGAAAGAAUUGUCUCGGAACAAUUCUUGCAUGCGGGAGUAUGGGGUCACUGAUGGGAAUGUGCUGCAUUUGAUUCUUCGGCUGUCUGAUCUCCAAGCCAUCACUGUCCGGACUGUGUGUGGUAAGAAGUUUGAAUUUCGUGUUGAGAGAAAACAGAAUGUGAGAUAUGUGAAGCAGCAAAUUGCUAAGAGGGAGAAUGGUUUUUUCGAUCUCAAGGAUCAGGAGUUGUUCUGUGAUGGCGAGGAGCUUGAAGAUCAGAGGAUCAUAGACGAUAUAUGUAACAAUAGUGGUGCAGUGAUUCACUUGUUGGUCCGUAAAUCGGCCAAAGUUAGGACUAAACCUCUUGAAAAAGAUUUUGAAAUUUCAAUUGUUGCAUCAGAUGUGGAGAAGGUAGCUGAUGCAGUAGAUGUAGAUUCUUGGUGGGGAAUGCAUAAUGAGACACUUCAAAUUGUGCCUGCAAAAUCUUUGCGAGAAGAUUUUGUCUUAGAACCACUGACUGUUUCCAAGAUUUCAUUGUCGCCAGUGAUUAAGCAACUAAUUGGUGCCUCGAUUGAUGGGCUCAAGAGAGGCAAGCAACCUAUUAGAUCAUCUGAGGGAUCUGGGGGUGCUUAUUUUAUGCCGGAUUCGUCCGGUCAAGACUAUAUUUCCGUUUUCAAGCCUAUUGAUGAGGAGCCCAUGGCUGUAAAUAAUCCUCGAGGGCUACCCUUGUCCACAAACGGUGAAGGGCUAAAGAAGGGAACCCGAGUAGGGGAAGGUGCCCUAAGGGAAGUUGCAGCAUAUAUUUUGGAUCAUCCAAAGGGAGGACCACGUUCAUUUCAUAGUGAGGAGAAAGGCUUUGCCGGGGUUCCUCCCACAGUAAUGGUUAAAUGUCGGCACAGAGGAUUUAACUAUCCUGAUGGUUAUCAGUAUGCAUCUGAUAAGAUUGGGUCAUUGCAGAUGUUCGUGAAGAACUUGGGUAGUUGCGAGGACAUGGGUCCUCGUGCCUUUCCUGUUGAAGAAGUUCACAAGAUAUCUGUCCUUGACAUAAGGUUGGCAAAUGCAGACAGGCAUGCUGGCAACAUUUUGGUUCGCAAAGAGGGCGAAGAAGGUAGAAUUGUGCUUAUUCCAAUUGAUCAUGGUUACUGUUUGCCGGAGAAUUUUGAAGAUUGCACAUUCGACUGGCUCUACUGGCCUCAAGCUCAGCAGCCCUUUUCUCCUGAUACCAUUGCUUACAUAAAGUCCCUGGAUACUGAGAAAGAUAUUCAACUUCUGAAGUUAUACGGCUGGAACAUUCCACACAAGUGUGCACGUGUGUUUCGCCUUUCCACCAUGCUUCUGAAGAAAGGCGCAGAGAGAGGGCUCACUCCCUUUGCAAUAGGAAGCAUUAUGUUCCGGGAAACAUUGAGGGAAGAAUCUGUAAUCGAGAAGAUUGUUCAAGAAGCACAAGAAGCAGUGCUCCCGGGAACAAGUGAAUCAGGAUUCCUUGAAUCUGCAUCACUUAUCAUGGAUCGUUACCUUGACGAGUUUACCCCAUAA